UGGCGGUCGGUAGCGGCCGGGUGGGCGGCUUGUUUUGUCAACCAAUGGCGUUUGAGAGAAACUUCUCAUUAUGAGCCCAUCAACGCCAUCAAGACUCACGCGAAAUUCGAGAUCUCGCAACUAGCACUGGCGCGAGUUCGAUCGACCAAUGGGAGCGCGGCGUGGGAGCAUGGAUGGACCGUAGAAUGCGCGUCACUUGGGCGCUGAUAUAUUUAUUCCUGCUGAUUUGUACGCAUGCCUUUGAGAUCAUCCCGGGAGUUCACGGCCCAGUGUCGAAUCAGGAAGCACUAGAAGGAGGCAACACUACGCUAUUCUGCGACACUACUCCGGAUACAGCCUCCGAUGAGUUCAUGCUCUUGGUUUGGUACAAAAAUGGCGUGGAUUCACCUAUUUACAGUUUCGACGCCCGCAUAGGCCGAGAGUGGUUCAGCGACAAGAUCAAUGACAUAAAAGACGGCCAACGACUAAAAGCAGACAUAAACAGUCAACCAACUUCUCUUAUAAUAACGGACCUUAUGGAGUACGAUCAAGCCUUGUAUCAUUGCCGUGUGGACUUUGCCUUGGCACAGACAAGAUAUUUGGGAGUGAACGUCACUGUGGUUGUGCUUCCAGGGCAGCCAUUCUUCAUGGACGAGAUGCACAACACGGUCGAGCAGAGAAUCGGUCCGUAUCAUGAAGGGGAUACUCUUGUGCUGACUUGCUAUGUCAUAGGAGGCCGCCCCCCACCCCGCAUUAGCUGGUACUCCGGUGAAACCCUUGUGGACGCCUCGGAUGGAGACAGCGACGUACCCAACAUGAGGGAAAAUGAACUCUAUUUACCUUUAACAAGAGAUAAUGCUGCUUCUUUAUCCUGCAGAGCGUCAAAUUCGCGUCUUACUUCGCCUUUGAUUACUACCUUAAAGGUUGAAUUGUAUUUACCCGCCUACAACGUAUCGAUUCACUGGGUAGAAGGAACUUUGGACGAGACACUCGAAGUAGGAAAGCCCGCUGUCGUCCAUUGCCAAGCCUACGGGUCCUACCCUCCUCCAGAUUUGUCUUGGUGGCUGGAUCACAAGCAUCUCACGAAGCACAGCAAUCAGUCAUGGAAUGGGCUGACAAACACGGCAGUAUCGCACUUACAACUAACGCCAUCUGUCGGAGACAACGGUGCAACCCUAGCGUGCGUAGCUACCAACCCCGCAAUGGCUCCCAGUCGAGGUUCGAAAGCCGACGUCAUUACGCUUAACGUUACUUAUAGUCCAAUAGUAGAAAUAUCAAAACUAGGAGACGGAAGAUUGAAUGACGUGGUUGAAUUAGAUAGCUUGCAUUUAGAAUGCGAAACUAGAGCAAAUCCAAUGGUUGAAAAAUUUUCCUGGUAUUUUAAUGAUAUUGAAAUAAGACCAGGCAGCAUAUGGGGUGAUAAUACAUCAUCGCAGAGGUUACUAGUAGAAGAAGCGACGCGACAUCAUGCAGGGAAGUAUUCUUGCUCAGCUGCCAAUGUUGUUGGUGAAACUAGAUCCGAGCCAAUCACAAUUACAGUUUUUUAUCCACCAGAAUGCUCAGAACGCGGUAUCACAUUAGACAAAGAAACAAUUCAUUGCCACGUAAAAGCACUGCCAGCAGCUGAUACAUUCUUUUGGCACGUUCAGCCCGCAGGUUUUGAAGUGCAGCAGCUGACGACAGGCUCCCCGAUAUUACCGCUCUCACAAAUCACUGGACCUUUAUCGGGACCUUUAAAAGCUACUUGUGAAGCAGGGAAUGGUGUAGCGUCCCAAGAGAAACCAUGUGAAAAAACCAUCGGUUUAGAACCACUGAGACCACAGCAGCCAAAACAAUGUGAUUUAGCUUAUGAAUACGGGGAAUUCCAAAUGAGAUGCACUUCAGUGGAAAACGCAACAUACUACGAAGUGUCAGUUUGGAGAAUAUCCAAAUCAAAUGCAUCUCUGAUACUCGAACGCCGAGGAUCUAUGGGCUUUGGUAGUGGUCAAGCAAUGGCUCGAGGAGUCACUUCACAAGGAGGAACAUCGCUUGUACGAGGAGCUCUGGGGAAGUUGAAAUUCGGAGACGAAGCCGGAGCUUCUGCUUGUAACAGAUACGGCUGUUCUAGAGCUCUGUUGUUGAGACCAACAGAAAACUUGCUGAAUGCUGCAUCACCACCUUGGUGGAGUUUUAUUCUUGAAAAGGAUGUAGGCAUAUCAAUAGGGGCUGUGGUAUUGGUAGCAGUGUUCAUCAUAUCCACAUCUUUGGCUGUCAAAAUAGCCAGAAGACCCAGAAAGACCCCAGCACCUGUCAUACAAGUACUGCAGCUUGAUGAUGUGGCUAGGGACUAUUUGGACACCAUUGGAGAACACAAAGUCCUCGCUUCGUGCAGCCUUCGCUCCUGCAGCAGCGCGUACUCUGAUUGCUCAGCCGAUGACGGUCCACCUGUGGAUCGAAGAAGAAAACCUCGGGCCAUUUGGGACCAAUGGGAACCACCACCUGAUGUUACCCUGACUUUGCAUCGGGAGAGUGCCGUGUAAAGUGAUUUUUAAACUAUUGUUGCCAAACUGAUUGUAGUUGUUUAAAAUCAGUGUGAUUCUCCCGAAAAAUUUGGUAUCAAUGUUUAAUUAAGUAUGUAGUAAAAAGUUGAAUGUAACAAAAGAAUUAUGAUUGACAAAGAUGAAUCCAGUACAGAACUGUUUUUUUUUUCUGAAACAGAAUGCGUAAAAGAUUGGACUUUGUGAUUUGAUCACGGUUAUAUUGAAGAUUUUAAUCUAUCUAUCUGGUGUCAACGGUCAGUAUCUACUCGUACAUUGUAACUGUAUGAUUACCUACCUAUGCAUCAAUAAUUCAUCACACCAAUAUUUUUUGUGGUUUUAUAGGAGUAUUGUAAAUUAUUACACAAAGUAUUUGUAAGUAGGUACUUAUAAAUAUGAACAAAAGUUGUUAAAUACAAAUUAAAUGUUUGAUUGUAUUAACUAUAGAAAUAUGAUAUUUUUCUUCCUAAAAAUCUAUAAAAAAUGAGACUUUAUUUUCUAA